GCGAACAGUGGCGAACAGGUUUGGUCAACAUCAACUCGCUCGCUGCACCAUGGCUCGGCUCAUCCCGUCCACGACGCUCUGCCUCUUCGCGCUUUUCUUCGUUUUCUUCGCCGUCGAUGCCGAAGUUCCAUCCUACAUUCACGUGUGCGGUCGUCGCAAUCCCCAAGUGGACCAAUGCAUCCAGGACAGCGUGCACGCGCUUUUGCCGAAGCUCAAGAACGGCCUACCAGAUUUGGACGUACCGCCCCUCGAGCCCAUGGAAAUGGAGGAGAUGACUCUGGCCCAACUCGACACUUUCAAGGCCGUCGCUACGAAUUGCAAAAUUUCCGGCUUGUCGAAUUUUUACUACAAACAUUAUCACGCUGACUUCGAGAAGAAGCAAUUCGACAUGGAACUUGUGUUCCCCGAGGUGAUAAUGAACGCCGACUACGAUGUCAAGGCAAAGAUUCUCGUGCCCAUCAACGAGAAAGGACCCAUCCAGACCGUCUCAAAGGACGUGGUGGCUAAGGUGGUGCUGAAGUACGAGCUGGUGCAGCGCCGCGGCCGCACGCUCAUUUACUUCCCGUCGAUAAACAUGAAGCUGCACAUCGGCGACUACGAGGCGGUGUUCCGGCCGACCCCGGAAGGCGGCACGGAGAACCCCAUGAGCCAGGCCAUCAAUCAAGUGCUGGUGACGAGCCGCCAAGAGAUCAUCGACAGCAUGACACCCAACAUCGAGAAGACCGUCUCGAAAAAGAUGCUCGAGCUCUCCAACAAGAUAUGCAAGCACUUUACUUUCGACGAGCUCUUUCCCGACCGCGUCUGAACUUAUCGUUUCCCUUUUUUUAUUUUUUGCUUUUGCUUUCGACCCGCGAAAAACACUUGGUUGAGUUUUUUUAUUAUUUAUGUAUACUUACUUCAAAAUUCAUUUUCAAAUCGUAAUGGUUCAGCAACACACUUUUGCCGCAAACUUGAACAAUUUACUAUAUUGAACAUUUUUGUAUAGUUGAACCGACGCAAUUAUUUAGUUUCGUUGAGUGCCAUGUUAGCAAGCAAAAGUGUAGUCUGUCAAGUGCAAAAAAAGAUCCUAAUAAGACGCGCGAUAUUUUAUUUAUUUAUUUUUUUUUUGUUUCUUAUUUGUUAAGACAUCUACGAUUGUUUUAAUAAUUAUCGAGUGACAUUGUCACGUCCGAUGUUGUACCUAUGCGGGAUUUUUGAAUUGGCGGUGAUCAAACAAAUAACAUUUUGCGUGAAUUAUAUAGUGCCAAAUGUACAUAGUUUUAACUGAAAUGAUAGUUAUUUAUAUGUGAAAUAAAGAGUCAGUUUAUUUUACGAUAACA